UGCAGCAGCGGAGCAUUAAAGCACCUGAGAAACACGCUAUAGCACGCACAACUGCACGAACGCAUGCUGCUGCUUACUAGGGAAAGUUACACACUUGCAGCGCUGGAAUAGUUAUGCAUGGGCUGUUUUCUGGAGUCAACACACUGGACAUAUUUUGCUUGGAUAUUUAAAGCUUGAUAUUUUAAACUGAAGAGUGGAGGUUUUUUUGUUUUGUUUUUGUUUUUCAUUUCAAGUAUAUCAUUAAUAUGCGAUUCUUAACGGAUCGGUGACUUGAACACUUUAUUUCCACGCUGGAGAUUUCGGAUACGACGUUAAAUGUCAAACAGGAUCAGCUGGCACGGUGUUCAAAGUGACUCAACCCCUCUGGAAUAAACUUUCCUGCAGCUGAGAGAGAGUGUGUGUGUUUGACAGAGAGAGAGAGACAGUUGGAUGUGCGCGCAUGAUGAGCUCGCGGCUUCUGCUGCUGGUGCUCGCGGCGCUCGCAGCGUGCCUGCGGUCUGGUCGCGCGCAGGGGGACCCUCUCCCUCCAUCUCUGGUGGACUUAGUGAUGAACAGCCCGAUCUCAUCCGUAGAUGAUCUAAAGAGACUUCUGGACGUAGAAUCCGUAGAGGAAGAUGAUGAGAUACCCGAGAAUGAGAUGCACUCUAACGGAACACACAAACGUCUUCCCAGAAGCCUUAGCGUUCAGGUGGCCCAGCAGGCCAUGUGCAAGGUGAGAACAGAAGUUAUGGAAGUGACCCGUUCGAUGCUGGACAGACGGAAUGCCAACUUCCUGUUAUGGCCUCCGUGUGUGGAAGUGCAGCGCUGUUCAGGCUGCUGCAACACACGAAUUGUACAAUGUGUGCCAGUCACCAUAGAAACACGACAUUUACAGAUGACGAAAAUCCAGUUUAUCAACCGACAACCAGUCUAUGAGAAGGUUAUCAUACCCGUGGAGGACCAUGUAACUUGUAGCUGUCAAUCACGUGUUUCUGCACACAGCCCACGGCUCCAAACCACACCUCUUCCUCCGCCCAGACCUAAAGUAACGCUACCAAAGACCCAAUCGAAAGAGGAGCUACAUCGCAAUGACGAACUUAAACAUAAUCAAAGGCUCCAUUUGGAGGAUAAAGAGAGUCAGGAACUACAAUGGCAGUCAAAAAACACAGUCACACACACACAGGGCUACCAACAAAGCCCGUACCAACAUACAAUAUCGCACACGCCAGUUUAUGUGAGCAGAGGAGAUGUUCCCACCAAACAAACCACAUUAGGAGAUCCACACAUGAUGAGUGACGCAACACAAACAGAGGAGGUUGAUCGCAUGAAAUCCGAAAACAGUGGUGACGGCAUGGCGAAAAAGACGCAACUACAUUACGACAAACAUCUGCAAGAGGAUCAACAGCCAAGACCACAGCAACCACAGGAUAAAACUACACCACAGCAACCAAAAUACAAUCUUUCCCACAAUCCUGUCCAAUCAGGACACAGCAUACCACAAAGUAGCCAAUUAGACACUUUUAGUCACACUUACAGCCACGUUGAGGUGAUCGGCCAAUCCAGCGGCUUAUCAGAAGUGCUAAAUCAUCACUCUGACCAAUCAGAAGUUAGAAAACAUCACCACCACCACCAAUCAGAAGCAAGUAACCAAAAUAUGCAGGAAGGGGAACAGCAGCAAGAAACACAACAUCAUCUUCGUCACCAACACCACCAACACCAUCAGCUUCACCAACAUACAACGCAAGCAGUUAGCCAACAACAGACAAGCACACAAAAAACAGUGACUAAAACUCCUCCCACCACCCCCUCAGCCCCACAGACUCCACCUCCUCUCCAGCCCCCACGGAAGCGCCGACGGAAACAUCGGAAGAGGAUGAGCAAGGCCUCUAUGAGAGCAAUGAUAAUGGUAAUGUCCUGAAGAAGACCAAGACUCUGCCAAACUGCUGCCAAAGUCCCAGGAGCAACCACAAAGUUGGGAGUCAGGGUGGAGAUACACAGGAUAUAGCAGAGACACACUGGAAAUCUUUUUAUAAUAACUGGAAAUGUCUUUGAUCUUUGCCAAAUAAGCUCCCAUGAACUACAUUUCCCAUCAGCUAUUGCAGUCGUAGGAGGCAACCAGUUCUGCGAUCUUCGCACAACGGGAGCUGGCCGUACUCAGGAUAUCCUGUGAGCAUGGACUUAAAAGGGAUUCCAUACGGACACAAACACAGCCUGCCAAAUAGUGAGACUGUAUUUAAAACACAACACAAUUACGGUCUACCAGAUACACUUCAUUCAACACAACAACUGCCAAAUGCGGUGCAAUAUUGACUUGAACCAUUGGUUGGCCAAGAAUCUGGCUCAAAUCAGUGAUUAGCUACUUGGGGAAAGUCAAAGUAGCCUUCAGUUGCCAAUGAAUGAUGUAGACCCACUAGUGGUUGGGUUGGAAAACAACUCUGGACUAUUUAUCCACUGGAGGAACUACUGGAAUAGCAAAUGGAAGAAGUUAAAACUGGAAUAUUUGAGGAUAUAUGUGAGGACUUUGAAUUCGGACUCUCAAAGAGCAAAACAACUAGGGAUAUGAAGCUCAGGACUUCCAGAAAAGUAUAAAAUACAAAUAACUUUUAAAAAUUCAUCUCAAAACAUAUAAUCUGUACAUUUCUCAAGCUACUUAAACACUCCAAGUUUAUUAAAUAGCAAAAUAUCAGCUGGCUAGAUACGAAAUCAAGGAGUAAAAGCACUUACAAAGCAGUUUUUGAGCAUGUACCAUGGUACUAUGAUGGUAUUCAUUGAAGUACUUUGGAGUACCAUGUAUAUACCAUGGUAUAUGAAUAUGGUAAUCAAUCUGAUGCCAUGGUACCCCCUCAGUACUUUUUUGUAAGUAUCUCUCAGUAUCAUGCACAGUAUUUAUUUGGUGCAAAAACACUGGAAUAUCGUACACUGGAGAUUAUCAAAUAUGAAGUGCUGAAAGCACUAAAUGUUUGCAUGCUGGUAGAUGCACGGUCAAAUAGUUCUUAAUUCAAUAUUUAUAUGAAAUAAAAUAUUGUGUUUAGCCAUAAUGAGGUUACAAUGAAAUACUCCCAUCCUGUAGGGGGCGGUAUGGAGUGCUCUGUCAUUUUAUGCCUGCUGUUCCCAAACGUUCAUCUGUGCAUUCAACUGCUUUUGGAAUCUUGUAAAGCUAUAAAAUAACUGUUUGUAAAUGAUGCAUUUCUUUUCUGGCUUUUUACGUAACUUAUUUAUAAAAGGUAUAAAAGAGUAAUUAAUUAAUUAUUUGUUUUGAUGGAAAUUAUUGUUAAUGUAAUAAUGCUAUUUUAAUAUAAAUAUAAAAAGUGUUACAUUUA